GAAAUCGCGAGAAGAUAAAACCAAAAUUGCUUUUAGAGAGUACUUUCGGAGAGAUCUAGUAGUUGCGGUUUUGGUACGAGUCUUCCUCUCGAAGCUACAGAGAGAAUCUUUCAAGCUCAAUUUGUGUUAGGAAUUAGGGUUUUUGAAGUUGAAACGAAAUCAAAUCAUGACGGAGGUAGUUGUGCACAUAUACGAUGUGACCAACAGUGGAUCUGAGAAGACUAACAACACUAUCCUUCAGAUCAACAGAUUCUUCAAAGACGGCAUCGGUCUCGGCGGCAUCUUCCACAGCGCUAUUCAGGUACACGGGGAUGAUGAAUGGUCUUUUGGGUAUUGUGAACAAGGAACUGGUGUCUUCAGCUGUCCUAGUACCAAGAACCCUAUGUACACUUACCGUGAGAAGAUUGUUCUUGGGAAGACGGAUUGUACGAUCUUUAUGGUUAAUCAGAUAUUGCGUGAGCUUAGCAGGGAAUGGCCUGGACACACGUAUGAUUUGUUGUCUAAAAAUUGUAAUCACUUCUGUGAUGUACUCUGUGACAAGCUUGGUGUGCCUAAACUCCCAGGUUGGGUGAAUCGCUUUGCUCAUGCUGGGGACACUGCCUUGGAAGUUGCAGGAAACACAGCAAUGCGGGUAAAGCAAGCCAAAACUGAACUAGUAUCAGCUAGUAAAGUGGCUUACCGCUUCCUUUCGAAUAUUACUUCGAAUGUAACCAACGGCUCUCCACAACGGCCUGGAACGGUUAGCAGCAGUUCGGAGAAUGGGAACUUGAGAUUGCAAGGUAGUUGGUUCAAAGGGUUGCUUAACACUGCCAAACCCUCCACAAGUACAGAGAUGGAGGAAAAAGAUGAAGAUGCGAAUCAUGCAGCAGUCCCCAAUCAUCAGAGAAAACAAAGCCGUGACUCUGUAUCCAUCCACCCUACUGCAUUUGGGUAA